UCCCUCCCACCUCUCCGGAUUUCUCUCUCUCUCUCUCUCUCUCUCUGACCAAAACUUCUAGACUUAAUACUACUUAUAUUUAAGUAACAGCCCCUCUCUCUCUCUAACUUCACCUAACAGCCUCUCUUUCUCUCUCUAUAAAUCUUUCUCCUUCCUCUCUUUUUCUUCAAUUCUUCUUCUUCUUCUUCUCCAAGCUUUUUGGCUACAGAUCUAAAAGCUAUUUUGAAAAAAAUUUGUGCAAAUAUGCGGAGUUUCACUUUCUAUGAGAGAGUUUCUAGAGCUUUCCAUGACUAUCCUUCACUCUCCAAGUUUCUCGUGGUCUUCACAGUCAGUGGUGGGGGCCUUGUGGCUUAUGCCGAGGCAAACUCGUCCAAUGGUGCCCCUGCCAUUGCUUCAUCUGAAUCGGAGAACGUGAAAAAGAAGGUGGUGGUACUAGGAACUGGUUGGGCUGGAACUAGUUUCUUGAAGAAUCUGAACAACCCCACAUACGAUGUUCAAGUGAUAUCGCCCCGUAAUUAUUUUGCAUUCACUCCUUUGCUGCCAAGUGUUACAUGUGGUACAGUCGAACCUCGCAGCAUUGUUGAACCAAUUCGCAACAUUGUCCGGAAGAAACAUUCAGACGUUCAAUACUGUGAAGCAGAAUGUUACAAGAUUGAUGCAGAAAACAAGAAAAUCUACUGUCGGUCUACUCAAAAUGGGAAAGAAGAAUUUGUUGUGGACUUUGACUACCUUAUAAUUUCUGUUGGAGCCCGUGUUAAUACAUUCAAUACUCCUGGUGUGGAAGAGCAUUGUCAUUUCCUGAAGGAAGUUGAAGAUGCUCAGAGGAUCAGAAGAACAGUUAUUGAUUGCUUUGAAAGAGCAAGCCUACCAAAUGUAAGCGAAGAAGAGAGGAAGAGAAUUCUUCAUUUUGCUAUUGUUGGUGGUGGCCCAACUGGUGUGGAGUUUGCUGCGGUGCUUCAUGAUUUUGUCAAAGAGGAUCUAGUGACACUAUAUCCUAGGGUUAAAGACCAGGUUAAAAUAACACUUCUUGAGGCAGGCGACCAUAUUUUAAACAUGUUUGACAAAAGAAUCACAACUUUUGCUGAAGACAAGUUUGGACGAGAUGGUAUUGAUGUGAAAACAGGAUCAAUGGUUGUGAAAGUAUCUGAAAAAGAAAUCAGUACUAAAGAAAUGAAAAAUGGCAAAAUCUCUAUUAUGCCAUAUGGAAUGGCUGUCUGGUCAACUGGCAUUGGAACUCGUCCCAUCAUAAUGGAUUUUAUGAAGCAAAUUGGUCAGGCCAACAGGCGUGUUUUAGCAACUGACGAAUGGCUGCGAGUUGAGGGAUGUGACAGCAUAUAUGCACUAGGUGAUUGUGCCACUAUAAAUCAGCGCAAAGUCAUGGAAGAUAUUUCAGCCAUAUUUAGUAAGGCAGACGCGGACAACUCAGGAACCCUUACAGUCAAAGAGUUCAGAGAAGUUAUUGAUGACAUCUGUGAACGAUACCCUCAAGUGGAGCUUUAUUUGAAGAAGAAGCAAAUGAGCGAUAUUUUUGAUCUUUUGAAGGAAUCCAAAGGGGAUGAUACAAAAGAAUCUAUUGAACUAAAUAUUGAAGAAUUUAAAUCAGCUCUUUCCCAAGUGGAUUCUCAAAUGAAAAAUCUUCCAGCUACGGCUCAGGUUGCAUCUCAGCAAGGUGUCUACCUUGCUAAGUGUUUUAACCGCAUGGAAGAGUGUGAAAAAAAUCCAGAGGGUCCUCUCAGAUUCAGGGGAACAGGCCGCCAUCGGUUUCGUCCCUUUAGGUAUAAGCAUCUUGGACAGUUUGCUCCUUUGGGAGGAGAGCAAACAGCUGCACAACUUCCUGGCGAUUGGGUAUCCAUUGGCCAGAGCAGUCAGUGGCUUUGGUAUUCUGUCUAUACAAGCAAGCAAGUCAGCUGGCGAAACAGGGUAUUGGUGGUAACAGAUUGGACAAGGCGUUUUAUCUUCGGGAGGGACUCAAGUCGUAUAUGAGGCAAGCAGCUAACAGAUAAUUGAGUUUCCAGUAGAAAAACGCGGCCCAAAUUUUGUUGACCAUCAUUUACAUUUUGGUAUUUGAGGAAAAUUUUGUUUUCAAAUCUCGAUUGGUUAACUUGAUUUGUUGAAUAAUUGAAUAUGCACUCUUGUUAAGUUGUCAGUAGUAGGUACAGUUGUUUUUUUUUCCUGGUUGGGACGGAAGGGGGGAAGCGUCUGAUUAAUAUUUUCAGAUUUGCAGAAACUUUCUUCAAAAAUCAUGCUACAUGGAUAGUUACUAGUCACCCAUGUCAAGGGUGCAAAAUCUUUGUUUUGUUCUUUAAUAUAACAUGCCUUAUUGAGCAAUGUUAAUUGAAAAAUAAGAAAAGUUCAUGUUUUCUCUCUUAUA